AAGGUUUUCAAGCAACUUCGUACGCUAAGAAUCAAAAAAUCUAGAUAAUCUUAAACUGUUGUAAGAUGAAAUUUUAUUACCUAAAUGAUUUUGAACUUUGUAGGAUGAAGGUGGCUUAAACAAAUCUACAAAGUUUUUGAAACAAUUUGUUAAAGAAAGAUUAGCAAGGAUUUUAACAUUUGAUCAGAAAGUCAAUGCAAAUUUACAAAUUAUAUUAGCUUUGACCAUCCAUCGACAGACGUCGAUUUCAUAUUUUUUUUUCCUUUUUCCAUGCACAUUAUUCUUUUUGAAACUAAAGCUGCAUUCUCAUAUUUUUAAGUUCAUUUUUUAUUCUGCACAAAUGUUACGUGUUCCUUGUAAUUUCUUGAAUUUUCUCGUUAAAUUUCUCUUUUUUUGUGGAUAGACUUUGCUUUAAAAUUAUUCGAACUAUCAAUUUAGUUUUUAAAUCCUUCAUUUUUUAUUUCAAGAUAUUAAACUAAAAUCAGCAAAUUAUUUCCAACAAUUCUUAAUCUUAAGAACCACUCAAGGCAAAAUAAAUAUUACAAGAAUUUUGUUUAGAUUAAUUUUUAUGGAUUUUGUGCAAGCAAUAAUCAACUCCUUAAUUAUAGAUCAAUUCAUAAUUAUCAUACCCCACCAUUUGAUAGUAAAUUGCAAUCUGUACACACACCUUCUUAAUUCAUUCAUCAUAAAUUGAUCUAAUAUGUGCAUAUGUGCAAUUCUUUUCUAAUGCAAAUUAUUUCAGACGUGUGUCUUUUCUUUCUGCAUAUAUUCAUGGUCAGUGCUGUAAUUUUUAAUGACCAACUGAAGAUAAUGACCUUAAACUUGUAAUCAUGCUGCAUGUUAUGUCAACAUUACGCGGUUAAUAAAAGCAACCGCAAUUUCACUUUACAUGCAAUUUACAUCGCUUCUUUACUCUCUUUGUACCUCUUAAUUACCUUUUAUGUCUGUCAUAUCCAAAAAAAUUGGAGAAACUUUAUUUUCACCGAAUCAAUGCCGUCUUUAAGUCUUGGUAUUUUAAUCAGAAGUGCUAAAUAUAUGAACGAGUUCAAAAAGGUCUGUUUUUAUCAAAAUUAUGCGGCACGAUGAGAGAUAAAUCGUGUCUUGGUUCACGCAUGUGAAUUGAUGCUCAAGGAAAGUUCAUGUUGCAAUUUUUUAAAGUUGUUAAUGGAAAUUGAGUUAAGGAUGAAUGUUAAGAACAUGCAAUUUACUGCACAAUAUUUUUUUAAUGUUGAGAAAUUUAAGGUUUUUAUUUCUUUUGAAGCUGUUUUGGAUCAAUUUAAUUUUAUUGACUUAAGUUUAAGUCCAAUGUGAUGCAGAAUUUAGAAUUUGGUCAAGGAUUGUGAGACUCUUUUCCUCAUCCACAAGCUAUUUGCUACAUACCAAAUAAUUAACAUGCUCGCUCAAGAAAACGUGAUAAAAAUUGAGCAGAAUGACGAAUUUACUCGACAAUUGCAUACAACGCGAUGUCUUUACUCCACAAUGUUGGCACACAAUGCGAUAUGAAUGUAUAUUAUUGUGGAAAAAAUUUAUAAAAGAAACUUCAACUCAUUUUGAGUGCUUAGUCGUGUCUUGACACUUUUGAGUGCUUGACGUUCCUUCAUAUUUAUUAUCUAAAAAAGAAUUUACUUUUGGACUUUUUUAGGUGAAAAAAAAAAUAAUUAAAACAUGACUGAGGGAAAGUUAAAUUCAGUGCAAGAGUUUUACAAAGAUAAGACCGUCUUCAUUACUGGUGGGAGUGGAUUUAUGGGAAAAGUUUUAAUAGAAAAAUUAUUAUAUUCAUGCUCGGAUUUAAAGGAAUUAAUUGUCCUGAUGAGACCAAAACGUGGAAAGACAGCAAUGCAACGAGUUGAGGAUUUUUCAAAGUUGGCUUUGUUUAAAAGGAUCAUGGAAGAAAAGCCCGAAGUGAUGAAGAAGAUUGUUCCGGUCUGGGGUGAAAUAACACAACAAGACUUAGGCUUAAACGAUGAGCACUUAAAUCAUGUGGUUAAAAACACACAAAUUGUUUUCCACUUUGCCGCUUCGUUGAAACUCGAGGCGACUUUGAAACAAAAUGUGCUAAUAAACUUAACAGGAACCAAACACGUGUUGAAGAUGGCAAGACAGAUGAAAAAUCUCGUUCAAAUGGUUCAUUUGUCAACAGCAUUUUGCUGUGAAGAUAUUGAGGUGCUGGAAGAAAGAGUUUAUGAUCAUCCACACAAUCCGUAUGAUUUAAUUCGUUGUGCUGAAUGGAUGAGUGAAGAAGCCAUGGCAGCUAUGCAGCCUGACAUUCUCGGAUCACAGCCAAAUACUUAUACUUAUACGAAAAGAUUGUCGGAAGUAUUAGUUCGUGAUCAAUAUAGUAAUGAAAAACUUCCAGUGCUGAUUGUAAGACCGAGUAUUGUAUCACCAUCAUUUAAAGAACCAGUGCCUGGUUGGGUUGAUUCACUCAAUGGACCUCCUGGCAUUUUGCUGGCAGCUGGAAAAGGUGUCUUAAGAAGUAUGUUAAUUAAUCCAGAUGGAUUAAUUGAAGCGAUUCCAGUAGACGCAUGUAUUAAUGGAAUUUUGACGCUUACAAAGCACGUUGCAACAGAGAAGAGAUCAGAAGAAAUUCCAGUUUUUAAUGCAACAAUUCACGAAUCAAGAAGAAUCACGAAUGGACAAAUGUUUGAUUAUGCAAAAGAACUAGGUGAUUUAUAUCCCGUGAGCGGUGGUUUAUGGUAUCCUGAUGGCAGCAUUACACAGAAUGUUUACGUACAUAAAGUAAAAACAUUCUUUUUCCAGUGGCUUCCAGCAUAUUUUAUUGACUUUAUGCUUCUAUGUUUUGGUCAAAAGAGAUUCAUGGUUUAUGUACAAAAGAGAAUCGCAACUGGACUAGAAGUUUUACAAUUUUUCACAAUGCGAAAAUGGAAUUUUAAGUCGGACAGCUUUAACGGACUUAUCGCACAGCAAAUGCCUGAUGAAUAUGAUAUGUUUUUAUUCGAUUCGCAAUAUGUUGGAGAUGACUGGGAGUAUUUAAAAAAUUCAAUGCUUGGUGCUAGACAGUAUUGUGUAAAGGAGCCUUUAUCGACAUUACCAAGAGCUAGGUUGCAAAACAAAAUUCAAUACGGAGUGCAUGUCACUUGCAAAUUGCUAUUUUGGUAUUUCUUCAUCUCAUUUCUACUGAGAAUGACAGGACUUAUGGAUCCAAUUAGUGAUUUCGUGGAUUCUUUGACAUCAGCAAUUAGUAGAAAUAACUCAUCAAUAGUCACAUUGAAUACAAUGUAGCUGAAUUGAUAUGAUUUAGGUCAAAAUAAAAUUUGUAAUAUAAGUAACUUAAGGAACUGAAGAAUGGCUUGAAAUAUAUUGAAAUUAAAGCAGCCAUAAAUCACUUGAAAGUAGCUACACCUCUGCAUCCAAGAUACACAAGCCACGUAAUGUCCAAAAAAUACACACAAUUGUUUGCUAUUUCAAACAUCUUUCUAUGAAUUUUAAUUACUUCAAUUGUAGACCAAGAUGUCAUAAAAUAUUUAAAUAAAAUAAAGUGAUACACAA